UGAUUGUUCCGUCACAUAGCAACUUGUCGAACGCAAAGAACAAUGGCCGACAUGAGUAUGGUCACGGCUCAUACUGCUCUCAACCCAGAUCCCAUGGUAAAUCGCGGCAGAAAGCUGUACCAGCAGGAAUUGGCGUUGAGAACACACAGUGCUCGAGCGCUGGAAAUCAUACAGAGCGUCGAUCCGGCCAAGAAGAAACUAACGUCCGUCGAAGGCCAGCGAAUAGUUGCUGUGCUGGAUGAAGUCAUCCGACGUAUUGAACUGAUUACUCUCAUUCCGUUUGUUACAAAGUCGUUGUCGAGAUAUGCGGUUGUUCUCGGGUCUGAGCUGUUUGCCAUGUUGGAAGAACACAAGCGACUUGAAGAGGAGUACGAACGACUAACUGGUCAUAGUGAGAGCCGACCGAUGCUAGUGCGGAGGGGGACAUCGCUAUUGCUGCAAAAAGAGAGUUCUGUUGCUAUUAUACCUCUUAGCCAAGCAGCUGCAGAGAGGAAGAAAGAUCUAGCAGCCAUGCUACGAAAUUCUGUGAGAAGCAUUUUAAGACAAUUCAAAUGGAAUCCAUCAGCUGCAGUGGCAAUUCAAGCAGAACAUCAUGAACGUCCUGUUGAGUGUUAUCGUCUCAUUGUGGUACUGAAAGAGUUGAAAGAAUAUGGGAAAUUGAAAUUAGCAACCAGCAAGAAAGAAGAAGAAACCCUUAGUGCCACGUUAGCUGAAUUGAUACAUCGAGAAAAUAAGACCAUGGGUGAAAUCAGGGAGUUAAGAAAAGAGUUUGCCACGGCUGUUCAAAAGAAGGAAGUAGAAGUCAAUGAGAAGAAAAGUAUUGCCAGAGGACUGGAAAGUGAGCUGGAAAUGGUAAACAAAACUAGGUUGGACACCAAAUCACGAGUGUUAGCUGAUGCAUUGAGGCAAACAACAAAUGAUGCAAAAUUGCAUCAAGAUGCAAAGAAAACACUAGAGGAAACUAUCGGCCAGCUGAGAAAAAAGCUUAAUGAUAAUUUAACUGCACAUCGUGAAUCUGAACUUCAAUUGAGAAAAAGAAAAUUCAAGGUUGAAAAUGAGCUUGAGAACUGGAUCAGGGAGUAUGACAAUGACAUGGGAGAACGGCAGGAAGAGAUGGAAGAAGUGCAGAAAGUGUAUGACACUCAGAAGUCUCAACUUGAAGAGCUGGAAGAGAGGUUUAAAACGUUAGAAGAAGAAUACAAUCAAGUGAUGGAAAAUAGAAGAAUUGCAAAGGAAAAGCGAGAACAAGCAGAACUGCAGCUGAGAGCAAUGGUUAAAGCAGCGACGAUGCUCCAGGCACUGUGGAGAUCAUUCAAGUGCCGAAAGAUGCUGAAGCAGAAGCAAAAGAAGGGAAAGAAGGGAAAAAAGAGCGGAAAGAAAGGUGGAAAGAAAGGAGGAAAGAAAAGUGCAAAGAAAUGAGAUACUGGGAUUGGGGACAUUGAUUCCCUCACUACCGUGUUGCUGUGAUUCUUGCUUUUGUAGCAAUUACCCUGUACAUUUUGUAACAUCAAUUUCUUGUGAAACUGUACUUACAGUCAUUGCAGUUUACUAUUGCUGUCUGUUGUGAUCUUGUACGCAUUCAGUUCUCUGUUGCUUCUUGCUAUAAAAAUUAUCUCUCAGUUUGA